CAGCGCAUCCGCCGAACUGCGCACCGGCAACCCGAGAACAAGAUAAGAAGCGGGAGGUAAAGCUGGCACGGGCGAAUCUUUCACGCAGGGCGCUCGGUCGGAAAGCUGGGGAAAAAAAACGAUGUGCGUUCAUCCGUGCGACUGGCACGUCUCCUCUCACUUCAUGGAAAGCGCCAUUCCUAUUAACGUAAUGGCACCAUCCACGUAGCCUGUCAUGCUCCUCUGAAAGUCUUAGCAGGGAUGCAGGGUAACGGAGGAAACCGGAACUUUUGGACUGUGUAGGAAUCCAAGACGUGGAUCGUCGGCAGGAAAACAACAGGCAAGUGAUAAGGAGGAAACCAAGCCAUGGGCACGACGCACCUGCUGCUCCUCCUGAUCUAUCUGGACCCGUUGAGUGUGCUGUGCACGACGACGGCCAAGCGCGCGAAACCCCCACCGCGCCGCCCUGCCAAGCCCAAAGAGCUGAACGGCACGUCGACGCAGGCGCAACCCCCGGUCGCAGCUCCUGCGCCCGUCCCCGCCGCGGGCCAGACCCACGACACGUGCCUGGGGUACUACGACGUGAGCGGACAGUUCGACCGCGAGUUCGAGUGCAACAACACGGACCAUCGGUACUGCUGCGGCUCCUGCUUCCUGCGCUUCUGCUGCCAGUUCCGCGGCAACCGGCUGGAGCAGCGCACCUGCAGGAACUACAACAAGCCCGACUGGGUGAAGACUGCGGCACCCUCGGCCGCCCCGACCAGUGAACCUUACGAUCCAAGUGCCGACCAAACCAACACCGCCGUCUACAUUACAUGCGGGGUUAUUGCCUUCGUCAUUGCACUCGGGGUGUCGGCAAAAGUUGCCUACGACAAGGCCACCCAGCCACCUCAGGAGAUGAACAUCCACAGGGCUCUAGCAGAUAUUUUAAGGCAACAAGGACCAAUUCCAAUCUCCCAGUAUGACUGUGAAAACUUCGCCGCGAUGAACAGCGCAUCCAAAGACGACACCCCUCAGCGGACGGGCUCCAAGAACCACUAUACCCCCGUUCACGCAUCAAAAUCCAAUCACGGUGGACACUACUCGAAGGACAACAGCCGCGGAGCCACACAUGACCUGCAUAACUUCAUCUCGUCCGGCUUCGUGACUCUGGGAAGAGGCCAUUCGAAAGGAGAGAGGCAGUGGCCGGGGCGCUCGCAGAGUCACCAUGGCACCCAUCAACACAACUACAACCACGUGGGUCUCGGCAGCCCGACUCGGACGCCAAAAAACGAGAGUGCUCGCAUGAACAGCAUCCUCACGUCGCAGACGGAGCCGUACGAUCUGUCCUUCUCCCGCUCCUUCCAGAGUCUCUCGCACCUGCCUCCGUCCUACGAAUCCGCCAUGAAGGCUGACCUCAACAAGUACUCCUCGCUCAAAAGACUGACCGACAAGGACGUGGAGGACUACUACACCCGGAAGAGGCACCUUCCUGACCUGGCAGCCCGCGGCACCCUCCCACUGCAAAUGAUCAAGUUCAGCCAGGACGUUCAGAGUACCCAGCAGGCGCAGCAACAGCAGUCCUCUCGCCAGCGUCCCCGCCGCGUCCAAAGAGCCAUGUCCCAGGACCGCGUCCUGUCUCCCGACCGGGGCUACGCUCAGGACUUCCCCGUGUCUCCCUACCCCGCGUCCCCGUACGCCGAGCGCAUCCUAUCGGACGAGCAGCUGCUCUCGGCCGAACGCUUGCGCUCUCACGAACGCCUUAUCUCCCAGGAGCGCCUGCACUCGCAGGACCGCCACUACUCGCAGGAGCGCGUCCACUACUCGCACGAACGCCUGCACUCGCACGAACGCCUCCGCUCGCAGGACCCCCUGCUCUCGCCCGACAAGUCCAAGCGGAGCAGUUUCCACGGCGACAAGUCCAUGUCCAGAGCCAUAUCGCAGACGGACGUGUUCGUACCCACGACCCCGCUCCUGGACCGAUACAAGAUGACCAAAAUGCACUCGCAUCCCAGUGCCUCGAACAGCGCGGGCGCCGCCGUGACGCACAACACUCUAUCCAAGAACCAGACCUCCUCCAAGAGGCAGGUGUUCGCGGCACGGCGCACGCAGACCGUCGAGCAGCUGCAUUACGUCCCGCCGGCGGCCCAGCAGCAUCACCACCACUACCGCACGGGCAGCAAGACCGAAGUGACUGUUUGAACCCCUAAACACGACCCCUAAAGGUCUACUAGUCCUCAUAUACAGGUCCACUGUGUACUGUCUGAUAGUUUUAUUCCUCUUUAUUCCACGACUUGCGUGUUUUACCGAUUAUAGAUGGACAUAAGGGUCGUCUUAAGGAAAACGUUCACCCAGCAUUCGGGUCUGCAGUUCAUAAGGGCUCCACGUGGACUCCAAUAGCCCCGAUAGAGACUGUGAUUCCCAGUGCUAGCUGGUGCAGACGUGUAA